CUACACAUACAGCCUGUGGUCCUCGAGCUGCCUCCAAAUCUGACUGAAGAGGCUGCCAAAGUUGUAACAGCACUCCAAGACUGUAACAUCACCAAGUCAGACAUCGUGGAUGUUCACAAUGCUGAUGAUUCACUGCUGCAGACACCAAGCUGCCUGGACCUGAAGAGUACUAAAAUCGUAGAUGCCUGCUGUGCAAGUUUCAUACAGGAGGAUACCAGCACUGAUACUACAACUACAGCAGUUCAAAUGCCUCAUGACGAAACAAAGAAGGGACAGGACGCAUGUGACCUGGACCAACAGGCGGCAGAUAUAGACGUUUUGCUUGCCACUAUCACCUCAGAGCAGAUCUCAAAUGCCACUGAAGCGGUGAUUUUUUCUCCUCAUAUUAAGGCUGAAGACAUUAAGAUUUCCAACACUGCAUCAGUUGGCACAGCCAAGCUGGCAACCAUCAUCUUGAAUGGGCCAAAGAAAUCAAGCUCUAACCUUGUAUGCCCUGCAGCCUCUGAGAUUUCAACCCAGACUUGUGAAAUAUCCAUUCAGACUGACAACAUUGAAAAAGAAAAUGGCAAGCUAUCAAGGCACCAGUCAGCACUGUCAAGGAUUAAAACAGCAGUCAAGUCUGCAUUUCUUGGCAAAACGGACAAACAGGACACGGUCAAGAAAGCCAAAGGGAAAGACAAAUCUGUGAAGAAAAAGAAAAAAUCAAGGGGCAAAAAGAAACAAAAGAAGGUCAAGAAAGCCAGUGGGGAAGACAGGGAUGCACGGGCUUCAAGUGAAAGUAAGACCAACUUGGAUGAUGGCAGGAAGCCCGUCGAGGAGACGAAAAAGUCAAUAAAAGAGAAAAAGAAACAAAAGAAACAGAAAAAGGUCAAGAAAGACAGUGGGAAAGGCAGGGAUGCACAGGCUUCAAGUGAGAGCCAGACCAACUUGGACGAUGGCAGGAAGCCCGCCGAGGAGACGAAAAAGUCUAGAAAAGAGAAGAAGAAACAAAAGAAACAGGAAAAGGUCAAGAAAGAUAGUGGCAAAGACAGGGAUGCAAAGGCUUCAAGCGAAAGUCAGACCAAAUUGAAUAAAGAUUGGAAGCCUGGCGAGGAGAUGAAAAAGUCAAGAAAAGAGAAAAAGAAACAAAAGAGACAGGAAAAGGUCAAGAAAGAUACUGAGAAAGACAAGGAUGCACAGGCUUUAAGCAAAAGCCAGACCAACUCGGAGGAAAGCAAGAAGCCUGCUAUAGACAUGAAAAAUUCAAGGACAGAUAAAAAGAAACAAAAGAAACAGGUCAAGGUCAAGAGAGCCAGCGGGAAAGAUAAAAAUGCACAAGCUUCAAGCAAAACCAAGACUAAUGAUGAGACGUUAAAGGCUUCAACAUACUCUUUCCCUCAACAGAAACCUGACUCCCCUGCAAGAGCUGCCAUGAAAAGCCAUCAUCAGGACAGCAGCCACUCUGGUGAUAGUGUGCCUGCUGAAACAAAGAACCCAUUUCUAGAUCCAACAACUGUCACCAAUCAGCCAACAAAAUCAUGUGAGAGCUCCACACUGAAAUCAAAUUCAUCCAGCAGACUGAAGCCAGAACACAUGACCUUCAAAGCACCACAGGAUGUAGCCUCUUCUCCAUCUGUUAAACCCAAAAUAGCGAAGGCAUCUACCAUGGAAAGCAAGAACACUGACACUGUUAAUCUAGGCAACAUAUCUUCCAUUGGGCGAGCAAAAACCAUCCCAUACUCAACAGGCAAGAUAACUCCUGAGUUAACUUCUGGCUUGCCAGUAGCAAAAACACCUCACAGCAACCCUCUGGAUCAUUCUGACAAUCAGAACACAGGGCCUUGCUCCAGUGAUGAGUCCCAGUGCACUCGAAAGGAUCUAACCAGAAGAAACACCCCUUCAAAGAUUCCCACGUUAGGGACGAAAAUGAAGGACGGGUCACCUUGUUCCAGAUUCAGGAAGUCUCAGAGGCAGGAGCACAUGGAGAAAAGCUUCAAGGAUUCCAACUCCAGCAAUGGGGGCUUCCAACAACCUAUCAAGUGA